AAAAUUAAAGGGACAGGAAAAGAAACUCUACCUGAAAGAGGCAGUUAAACGGCAUUAACAGCAUCUCAAGCUUUCCUUUUUUUAAUGUUCAUUUUCAUGAUUUGAUUUAUACUUUUGAUCGGAUUUUGUGAUUUUAUCGAAUUUUUUAAUUUGACAGACCCGAAACCAAAAAGAGAAUAUAGAAACAGAGCUAAUAUGUAUACCCUUCAUCGAUGAGAGAGUAUCUACAAGAAAGAUUGAUAUCAACAGAGGUGGUGGUUGGAUUUGGAUUUGGAUUUGGAUUUGAAUUUGGAAGAAGAAGAAGAAGAAGAAGAAGAAGGCAUGGCUGCUGAGACCAAAGCUACUGUUGUGAAGGUCAAGCCCAGCAGUCAAGAUGGUUCUUCAAAGCCCAAGUUUGAUUCAUCUCUCACCAAAAAGAAGAUUUCUGAGAGCUCAAUCAAACGCCCUGUUGAUUCAAAGUCUAAAUCUACCACCACUGUCUCAAAAACUGAGGUAAAAGUGAAAACAGCCUCAAGUUCAUCAAAAACAACAUCGAGUUCAUCGACGAAAACAACCACGGUUAAAACGAGGGAGAAGAAAGUUUACAGCUUGCCAGGGCAGAAGUAUGAUGUUCCUGAAGAGAGAGAACCCCUGAGGAUAUUUUACGAGUCAUUGUCGAAACAAAUACCUUCAAGUGAAAUGGCAGAGUUUUGGAUGAUGGAACACGGUAUGUUGUCACUGGAAAGAGCAAAGAAGGCAUAUGAGAAGAAGCAGAGGAAGCAAAAGCAACUUCGGAUGGGGACUCCUAUAAAAUCUCCACCACCACGGCCACCAAGUAGACCCGAGAGUUCGAAAAAACAACAGCUGGUGUCAAAUAAUGGUGAAGUAAAAGCCAAGAAAAGAAUCGUGGAUAGUGAUGACGACGACAAUUUUAUACUGAGCCCCAAGAGGAGAAAAGUGUAAAAAGGAAAUGCCCUUUUUGGUGGUGUAUUUUUAGAGAUUUGCUUUUAAUUGAACCCUUCAAAUUUAACUGCGAUGAGGCAAGUGACAGAAAUCCAUCAAACUGAUGAUAUAUUGAGACAUUCUUUACAUUUUCUGAUGUUCAGAAAUAAUAAAAGGAAAAAAAAAAUCAUAAUUCUUGUUUA